AUGGUUACCAUCAUUGACGCACCUGGCCAUCGUGAUUUCAUCAAGAACAUGAUCACCGGAACAUCACAAGCUGAUUGCGCAGUUUUGAUUGUCGCCGCUGGUACCGGAGAAUUCGAAGCCGGUAUUUCGAAGAACGGACAAACUCGUGAGCAUGCGUUGUUGGCGUUCACGCUUGGAGUGAAGCAGUUGAUCGUUGGCGUGAACAAGAUGGAUUCGACCGAACCGCCCUACAGCCAGGCCCGAUUCGAGGAAAUCGUCAAGGAAGUCAGUAGCUACGUGAAGAAGAUCGGUUACAACCCGGACACAGUCGCCUUCGUUCCAAUUUCUGGAUGGAACGGUGAUAACAUGUUGGAGGUGUCUGAGAAGAUGCCAUGGUGGAAGGGAUUCACCAUCACCCGCAAGGAAGGCAAGGCUGACGGAAAGACCUUGUUGGAUGCGUUGGACGCCGUAGUUCCCCCAGCACGUCCUACUGACAAGCCCCUGCGUCUCCCGCUGCAGGAUGUCUACAAAAUUGGUGGUAUUGGAACGGUGCCCGUUGGCCGAGUCGAAACUGGACUCCUGAAGCCUGGUAUGGUGGUGACAUUUGCACCAGUCAACAUCACUACUGAAGUCAAGUCUGUGGAAAUGCACCACGAGUCUCUGACCGAAGCUGUUCCCGGCGAUAACGUAGGAUUCAAUAUUAAGAACGUAUCUGUCAAGGAAUUGCGCCGUGGUUAUGUAGCUGGUGACUCUAAGAACAACCCGCCCACCCCAGCAGCAGAUUUCACUGCUCAAGUCAUCGUUUUGAACCACCCUGGUCAGAUCAUGAAUGGAUAUUCCCCUGUGCUGGAUUGUCACACAGCCCACAUCGCUUGCAAGUUUGCUGAAAUCAAGGAAAAGUGUGAUCGCCGUACCGGUGAGUUCGUCUUUCUCGAUUGCGAAAACAACAUUAAGAAUCUUGACAAUAUUAAGAACGUAUCUGUCAAGGAAUUGCGCCGUGGUUAUGUAGCUGGUGACUCUAAGAACAACCCGCCCACCCCAGCAGCAGAUUUCACUGCUCAAGUCAUCGUUUUGAACCACCCUGGUCAGAUAAUGAAUGGAUAUUCCCCUGUGCUGGAUUGUCACACAGCCCAUAUCGCUUGCAAGUUCGCUGAAAUCAAGGAAAAGUGUGAUCGCCGUACCGGUGAGUUCGUCUUUCUCGAUUGCGAAAACAGGAUUAAUCUUUUAAAAGGCAAAACUGUGGAAGAGAACCCGAAGGCGAUCAAAUCUGGUGAUUCUGCUAAACACUUCGAGUCACCAAGGCCGCCGAAAAAGCCGCUAAGAAGAAGUAGCUAUGCAAGAAUCUGUGCGCUGCACUCGAAGUCGUGGAAUCGACAUAUUCUGAAGCAAGUUAUUGUUGCCAAGUUAGUCCUGCGGUGGAAUGGAGAUUUCAAGCCCUUGUGAUGAAGCCGGUCUACCGAAUUUUUGUUUUGUUGCUGCGUUUGAAGCGCGGCGCUCAUAGAAAAAUGUUCCGCAGGAAAACUGAAUGGUAUUCCGUUUUCGUGGCCCCCAUAUGCAUUUCUUGACGCUUCAACUUCGUUGAUGAAAAUUGUUGAUUCCGUUGCUUCGUGUGUUUCAUGCUGGGCUCGUGCUUCGUUUCUGGUUUGGGUGAAAUGCAAAAUUCGAUGAAGGAAGGA